CGGAAGUGGCCGGGUCGGAGGUGGGCGGCCCGGCGGCCCCGCUCCUCCUUCUCCUUCCCCCCCUCUCUUCGUCCCCUGGCGGUGGGGCACCGCCGGCGGGGUCACCCCUAGGGCGGCGAUGGCGCUGGUGCGAGCAGCGGGGCGAGCCCUGCUGAACCGAGCCGCGCCCCUGCUCGGGACUGAGCGGAGCAUUAGCGGCGGUGGGGCGAGCUGGGGGCCUGUGCGGCCCGGCCUCCCUGUGCCCCUUUCCUCGCCUCUGGCAGGACUCACUCGGCCCAUCCGCAUCAAGGAGCCGCCGAAGCGCAAGCAGGUGGAUCGGUGGACGGAAAAACGGGCCUUGUUCGGGAUCUACGACAACGUGGGGAUCCUAGGUGGCUUCCAGAUCCACCCAAAGAACCUCAUCGUGGGCCCCAAGUGGCUGCGAGGCUGGCGGGGGAACGAACUGCAGAGGUGCAUCCGGAAGAAGCAGGUGGUAGGAGAUCGGAUGUUUGAAGAUGACCUCCACAAUCUCAAAAAGAGGAUCCGGUACCUGUACAGGCGCUUCAAUCGCACCGGAAAGCACCGCUAGGAACAGUUAGGGCUGUGGCAUGUGGAGCAUGGAUUUUGUGGCAUUGUGGUCAGAAUAAAGCCAGCUUUCACACA